AUGGCGGCUCUCAGCAUGAUGACCAGGGCAUCACGUGCCCACGAGCCUACUUUUGAGCCUACGUCCAGCUCUGUUCUGCACCUGCUUUCUCAACUCGACUUUGAAGAUGAUGAAGAUGACGCUCUUGCGAAUGAAUAUGUCCUCAAUACGCACUUGGCCGCUGUUCCAGGAGAGCUCGCUCUCUUUAUCUUUGAGAAUCUGGAUCUGGCAAGUGUUUUCGCCCUGUCGGCAACUUGCAGACGGUUCCACCAGCUCUACCUGGCCAACAAGAGUCAAAUCGUCUUUACGGUCUUGGAGACCGAUCCGCAUUUUGGUCCCUCGGACGGUCUAUUCCGCGUCCUGGCCAUGUCACCCACGGAUCUGGAGGUUCCUUGGCGUACCUGGCUCCCCAAGGAGGUUGUGUUUCGGCGCAGAGUACUCUGCAGAGGUGCGGCGCUGCCGACGAAUGUUCCUGGCGAACGCGUUUCUGUUCUUGGCCGAGAGGAUGAUUCUGCCCCGGGCGUAACCGUGAGACUUGAGGAUGCUGAUGCCGAUCGCGUCAUCGAGGUCUGCAAGCUGGUCAGAGGAUGGGAACGUAUCUUUCCGUACUAUCGGUUCAUGAACAAUCCCGAGUGCCUGAGGCUGCUCAACGCCAAUGAAGAGCGGCGGCUUCGGGCUGCGCUGUACACGUGGAUGCGGUACCACUUUUAUUUCCACAGUGACCUUCGGCGGCCUAGGGACUCGCUUAUUAUGCGCACCAACAUGCUCAGGAUGCUUGACAGCGGAGAGUUGACGGAUUUGGAGGACCUGUGGAGGACGGUCAGGUCGUUGGUGGAGUGCCUAUGUCCUAGUAUGGAAGCCGUGCUUUGCGAUGCUGGUCCACAUGUCUCGGUCGAGGAGGCCGGUAGGGUGGCAUGGGGCUGUACGCGACACUGGGAGAUUGUGUCGACGAUGAUGAAGCUGGGCCCGGACAAGCUUCUCUUUUACGUGAAGAACUGGCACCUAUACACCAAGGCGCGGCUCAUUGACGAGAUACGUCGCGAGCGGCCGGGAAUGGAGGCGCAGAUCGAGAGCCUUUCGCAGUCGAUCCACGUCGUCAUGCGGAUGUACCAGGCGCCCAACCACGUGGAGGAUCGGUCGUCGGCAGGUAUCCUGGACUGGGAGGAGGGCCGGGAACCUGCGCGGCCGUGGUUCAGAGCCGGCGGUCACGGUAUCCUCUGGCGGACUGAGGAGGAUCCGGGGGAUCAUGGGCUUGAUGAUGCGGCGUUGUUGUGGGCUGGGACGCUGACUGAGUGA